AAAGGGCAAAGGAGUGUACUCCGUAGUGUUAGUAUUUAAUUCAAAAAGGAGUUCAAGUAUACCCUGCAGGUGGAAUCACGCAUCUAAAGCGCGCUGUGUGUGUGGGGCGGAGAAUUUGCUUGUCGCGCCUGCUUGUUGUGGCUUCGUGUCAACAUUGUUCAAGGCCUCCUCCCCGUAGGUGCGACUAUUACUAUGCUCCGUACCAACAGUGGAAUUCACUGGUUUACCUAAAUCGCAUGGCAAUUGAUUAUAGGAGAUUCUUAAACUGUUAUCAAACAAUCUUCAUCGUUCAUUAUAUAUUUGGUAUCUCCAAUCAAUCUAUACCUACUCUGCUUGAAUUCAUAAACCAUAAUGAAUAUCUUCAGGCUUUUGGCUGAUUUCUCGCACCUCGCGUCCAUCUUUAUUCUUCUACAUAAAAUGAAGUCGUCUAGCAGCUGUUCUGGGCUGUCAUUCAAAUCACAGGCUUUAUAUUUGAUGGUUUUUGUGACUCGCUAUCUUGAUCUCUUCUGGGCCUUUUCCGACUCCCUAUACAACACGACUUUCAAGCUAUUGUUCAUUGGCUCAUCAGCUUAUAUCAUCUAUCUCAUGCUUAAUGACUAUAAACCCACACAUGAUCCGAAUAUCGAUACAUUCAAAGUCCAAUACCUCCUCGGGGCCGGUACUUUGCUAGCUCUUCUCUUCCCACAUGACUAUAGUGUCUCCGAAAUUCUCUGGACGUUCUCGAUUUGGCUUGAAUCUGUUGCCAUCCUCCCCCAGCUCUUCAUGCUUCAACGUACUGGCGAGGCGGACACCAUAACAACGCACUAUCUCUUUGCAUUGGGUCUAUACCGCGCCCUCUACAUACCCAACUGGAUCUAUCGCUACUUCACGGAAAGCUACUUUCAGCCCGUCCCUGUUGUAGCAGGCAUCGUCCAAACACUCCUAUACUCGGAUUUCUUCUAUAUCUAUUAUACCAAGGUCAUGAAAGGAAAGAAGUUCUCACUUCCUGUCUGACUGUUGAUGUAAGACGGAGUUAUCCAUUUACAGGCGGGCUUGGAAGCAGUGAUCAAGGUAUUUUUGGCGUUUAUCAUGGUUAUGUACUGUAUCUCAACUCGCUUCAAAACGCUGGGCUACGUUUCAAUUUUGAUGGAUUUGCUUGUAUGUAAAUUAAUGGCCUUUCUACUCUUGGCAGUUCGAAUAAUCAUGUUAGAGGCGGCUCGUGGUCGAGCCGAUCUAAAAAUGCCUGCAGCAUUAAUCGUGAAAAAAA